AUGAGCAAGGAUGGACAGUGCGUUCCCACAGCCAGCCUCGCCGGCCGGGGCCCCCACAAGAACAAGGCCCUCUUUGUCUCCCCAGGGCUCGCCUUUCAGAAAGAGGUGGCCAAUUGCAGCUCCGGCAUGGACGCGUCAACGAGUGUAGGUGGCUACGACUCAGUGGUGCUCCCCCACGACGAGAUGGACUCCCCCCAAAUUGCGGUGAAGAUCAGACCCAGGGAGAAUGAGGUGUAUUUCGACGUGGUGGCUGUGGUCGACCCCGUGACCCGGGACGCCCAAAAGCUGGCCCCCAUACUGACGACCCUGAAGACACUGGUGAACAUCAACCUGCGGGUGUUCAUGAACUGCCAGUCCAAGCUGUCCGACAUGCCGCUGAAAAGUUUCUACCGCUACGUCUUGGACCCGGAGAUUUCCUUCGCCGCGGAUGGGAGCUUCGCGCCGGGCCCCAUGGCCAAGUUCUUGGACAUGCCGCGCACUCCGCUGUUCACCCUCAACCUGAACACCCCCGAGAGCUGGAUGGUGGAGUCCGUCCGCACGCGCUACGACCUGGACAACAUCUACUUGGAGGAGGUGGACGGCGUGGUCUCCGCAGAGUACGAGCUGGAGUACCUGCUCCUCGAGGGUCACUGCUUCGACGUCACCACGGGGCAGCCCCCCCGCGGCCUGCAGUUCACUCUGGGCACGGCGGCCGACCCCGUCAUCGUGGACACCAUCGUCAUGGCCAACUUGGGCUACUUCCAGCUCAAGGCCAACCCUGGAGCCUGGAUCCUGAAGCUCCGGAAGGGAAGGUCUGAUGACAUCUACAAGAUCUACAGUCACGAAGGGACGGACUCCUCGCCCGAGGCUGAUGACCUCAUCGUGGUCCUCAACAGCUUCAAGAGCAAGAUCAUCAAAGUCAAGGUCCAGAAGAAGCCUGACAAGAUAAACGAGGAGCUCCUCAGUGACGACACUCAGGACGAUGAAGCCGGGCUCUGGAGUUCACUGAAACGGACCUUCACAGGAACGGAGAAGGUGGAUGAAAGUAAGGAAGAGAAGGAUGACGUCAUCAACAUCUUCUCCGUGGCAUCCGGGCACCUCUACGAGAGGUUCCUGCGGAUCAUGAUGCUGUCAGUUCUGAAAAACACCGAGACACCUGUCAAGUUCUGGUUCCUCAAGAACUACCUCUCUCCCUCGUUCAAGGAGUUCAUCCCCUACAUGGCGGAGCAAUACGGCUUCCAGUACGAGCUGGUCCAGUACAAGUGGCCGCGCUGGUUACACCAGCAGACCGAGAAGCAGCGAAUCAUCUGGGGCUACAAGAUCCUCUUCCUGGACGUGCUCUUCCCAUUGGCCGUCGACAAGAUCUUAUUCGUCGACGCCGACCAGAUAGUGCGCACAGACCUGAAGGAGCUGCGAGACUUCAACCUGGAAGGGGCGCCCUACGGCUAUACCCCGUUCUGCGAGAGUCGCCACGAGAUGGAUGGCUAUCGCUUCUGGAAGUCGGGUUAUUGGGCCAGUCACCUGGCCGGCCGCAAGUACCACAUCAGCGCCCUCUAUGUGGUGGACCUGAAGAAGUUCAGGAAGAUCGCGGCUGGUGACCGCCUGCGAGGGCAGUACCAGGGCCUGAGCCAGGACCCCAACAGCCUGUCCAACCUGGAUCAGGAUCUGCCCAACAACAUGAUCCACCAAGUGCCAAUCAAAUCGCUCCCCCAGGAGUGGCUGUGGUGUGAAACUUGGUGCGAUGAUGCCUCCAAAAAGGCAGCCAAGACCAUUGACUUGUGCAAUAAUCCUCAGACAAAGGAGCCCAAGCUCCAAGCUGCUGUCCGCAUAGUGGCCGAGUGGACCGACUACGACCAGGAGAUCAAGCGCAUCUACAGCAAGUUCCUGGAGGAGAAGGAGAGAGUCGGCGUCGCCAGCGGCAACAAGACGACACCUGGGAGUAAGACAGAUCCCUCACAGCACAUUGAGCUGUAGGCAUCAACCUCUCUGCAAGGAGACGCUCCGCUCUGUUUAAAGAGCUGUGUUCUCCUUUCCGUUUGGUCCCUUUCCUUUUCUCCUUUUUUUUUUUUAUAAAAACAGAAUCAGUUUUUUUUUCCUGAUGUCAACAGUCCUGCUGAACAACUCGACCGCCAGCAACAUUGAAUGCAGAUGUCAGUCUGCGGGAGUCCCUGUGGACCACCGGGGGGGGGGGGGGGGUCCGGUUGGUGGUUGGCAGUGGGAUUGGAUUUGCGAGCGGGGCUUCCUGUGUGGUGCAUGAUGAUUGAGAAUGAAGGGAAGAACCAACCGUUGGGGUCAUAGGGUGAGAAGAGAUUCAAAGUCCUGAGUAAUAUUAUUCCGUAAUUCUCAGUUUUAUUGAUUGCAUCUACUAGUGGAGUGCAGUUCAAAGAUCUGGUCGUGACAUGAUCAUGUGAAAAGGAGAGCGGGUUAUCUGACAUUAAAAGCCCUCGACGUUAACCUUAGCUAGUCUGUGUGGCAGUUGUUAUCCAAUCGGGUAAGUGGGCUCAGUGUCACGUGAUGAAUAGUUCUGUCACGGCUUGGGCAGAGCCCCGCCCACUUCGGCAGAGUUUGUGCAUGAUCGUAAAUUAAAUCUGUUUUCGCUGUUCUCCAUCCAUCUAUGGGCCAGUUCAUGCAAGGUGAGGGUUUCUGGGAUUGAUUUGCUUUUUUUUUGGUGUGCAUCUCAGGGAAGAGCUGUGUCAAGAGCAUGAAAAAUUGACCGAAAAAGGUCCUGGAACUAGGCAGAGUGGUUUUCAAAGUGUUUGUAUGCAGUGUCUACCGUCCCCUACCUGAAAAUGUCACUGCUAUCUGCUUCAGUCACUCUCGGGUCAUCACCUCGCUACUGCCUUACCUAGGAAUCAUAGGAACUUGCCCUCCUUAGAACCAAAAGACAGAACUGUUUAGAUUUUGACCGGGUGGGGGAAGACCCACCUGGAAUCCCGUCUUUGUCUCUGGGUGUUGCGGUUCUGGUGAUGAUCCGGUGAAGGACGCCCUAGUUUGUCUUUUCUGAUUUGGUCGAGUCCAAAUGUAAGGUUUGAUUUUUUUUUUUAAUUUUGUGAGCCGGCCCUUCUAAAUUUUCCCUUCGCGGUGAUGGGAAAACUCAGAUUAUUUAUAGAGGGCUCUCAUUUUAAGUCUGCCGUUCAUUUUUCCCCGUGUCUUGUGCGGACCAUCACUGACAUGGGAAAGGCGAAAUCCGCGCCCCACAUUCUGUUACGGCAUCGCUCACGCAGCUGGCGUGGGGACCCCGUCAGGGGAGCUACGCCGUCUUUUCAGUAUGCGCUAAAAAACAGGCCACUCGGCUUUAACAGAUUCGCACACGCCGUUUUCCAGCCUGCUUCCCGUCCUGAGACAGCGUUACCCACCUGUCAUCGGUCGCUGUUUUCUUUUGUACUUUAUAUUGAACUAAAUGUAUUUUGGGAAAUAAAUGGACUAGACUGGUCAUAGUUGUACUCUUAAUUGUGGAAUAUCAGAAUUUUUUUAUUAAAACGGACCAAAGAAA